AAGUCGAGAUAAGCAGAGUUUAUGGUUAAUAUGUGAUCGAAACUGCAUCGCAAAACGGUCAAAUCGUUGCCUACCCAACGAUUUAUUCGCGUUGUUCUGAAGCUAACUCAUUUGGGUGGAAGUUGAGUAGCCUAUUAUUUAAUUGUACCACGCCGUAAUGCUCUCGAAUACUGAAAAAGAGCUGAUUGUACAGAUAUGGGACAAAAUGAUUCCAGUGGCGGAAGAUGUUGGAUCUGAGGCUCUUUUAAGGAUGUUCACAACGUUCCCCAAAACAAAGACAUACUUCUCUCAUCUAGAUAUCAGCCCCAAUUCAGAUCAUUUACGCUGCCACGGGAAGAAAAUCGUCCAGGCUUUAGCCGACGGCGCGAGGAACAUAAGCACACUUGCUACUACGUUGGCACCACUAAGCAGGUUCCACGCCUAUCUACUGCGAAUACAUCCUACCAACUUCAAGCUUCUCAAUCAUUGCAUCCUCGUGACGUUAGCCUGCCACAUGGGUGACAACUUCACACCAGUUGCACACGCGGCGAUAGACAAGUUUCUCUCGGCAUUCUCAGCUGUUUUAGCCGAGAAGUUCCGAUGAAGAGCCUCCGAAGAAGGAUCGAAUGGUUCUGCAAAUGUUUUUCUUUA